UCGGUCGGGCAGAGCAACCGAGGGAGUCGAACCGAGGAGUCCAAACACUAGAUAGUCCUCCAGCGAGUAGAGACGCACAGAGCAGAGAGGAGCACCAUGGCCGCCGAGCAGCGCUUCGUCAUCAGUGCCCGCAUGAUCGGGUCCGUCCACAGGGACACGCCGAAACUCAAGGUGUUCAUGAUGUCUGUGUUAUGGUCUGACGAGGCAGAGGUGAUUGUCUACAGAUCCUUCCAGGAGUUCAAGAAGUUUCAUAGGCAGCUGAAAAAGAGAUUCCCUCUUCAGAACAUGCUCCGGAAAAAAGACCGAAUGAUCCCCAAAUUCAGUGGGGAGGCCAAUAGGAGCAGCCGCCAGCAGAAGGAAUCCAAGCGAUCCGUCCAACGCAUUAAGUUCCUGGAGAGCUACUGCGACAAACUGCUGAAGUGCGACGCCGCUGUGACCCAGAGCUCAGAGGUCAGGCAGUUCUUCAUGCCCAAAGACCACGACCUGCAGCCAGACUACACCAAGAACAGCAUCAUGAUCCUGCUGUCCGACGACGCCUCUGGCGGAGGAGGGGGCAAUGUGGCGAGCAGCGUCACCCACCCGUUUGUCACCCAGACGUACCGCUGCGUGGCAGCCUAUGAGACGAAGGAUACCAAGAAUCGCCCGUUCAAGACGGCCGUGGAUGAGAAGCUGGACGUCCUGAUCAAAGACCCUGCAGGUUGGUGGCUGGUGGAGAACGAGGAUAAGCGCCUGGCUUGGUUUCCUGCUCCCUACCUGGAGUUAUGGGAGGGAGAGGAAGAUGAUGAUGAUGCUGCUGGAUUCCAGCUCGGAGGUGCCCUGUACUGUGCGGCGAGGAGUUACUCGGCCAAGAAGGAUGACGAGGUGUCUGUGCCCAUUGGCUCUGUGGUCGAGGUGCUGAGGAAGUCUGACAACGGCUGGUGGCUCAUCAGGUUCAAUAACAAGGGAGGUUACAUCCCUUCCAUGUACCUGCAACCAUACAACAACCCACGUGCCGGCCUCUUCAGCCUGCAGAGAAAGCUGCAUAGUUCCACUCUGAACCUGGCAACCAGCGCUGGACUUCAGGCUUCCCGGUCAGCCAGCACCAGCGAAGAAAACAGCCCACGGAUGGAUCCUGCAGGUCCGUCCAGAGGCGUGCCUGGGCGUCUCCACAAGGCCCGAUCCCUUGAUGUCCUCUCCGAGACCCGGUCGCAAACACAGAUCGAGGGCGACCCCUCGACGUCAGACGGCCGCACGCGCAGCAUGAGCAACACGAGCAGCGAGGGAAGCUUCUCCAGCCUCUCCUCAGAUAGCGAGUCGACCCAGAGUCUGAAAGAGGAAGCGAGGCCUAACAUCGGCGGGAGUGGGCGCAGCACCCCUGCCGACAGCUUCCCAGAGCGCCGCAGCUCCAGCGCCAGUUCAGAGAGCUCUGGGUCCGUCACGUCCAGAGGCAGCGAGACGGCUUCAAACGCUCCCCGGGUGCCACCCAGACCCAAAACCGAGGAGAUCCUGAACCGCUGCACCACCAUGACCCGGAAGGCAGCUCUGGCCACCAAGACCCGGCUUCAGGCUCAGCCAGAGUCCAUCCACGGCCGCUAGGGCAUGACACCAUAGCACUUUAAGUUAAAUUCUUGAGCACGCUGUCUUUUAUUGCAGUCUUAUUGAUUAAUCGUGUAUAUAUGUAAAAUAUUUGACCUCUUCAACCCCACAGAUCUUUUCACGGGUCUGCCAGUAAAAUGCGUUUUGUGCAGCAUUGUGUAUACAAGGUAGAUGAGGACGUCUAGACAUUUUUUUUCUUUCCCAUAUGAUCAAAUGUAACAUGGCAUCUUGGGUAUGAAUAUUUCACUCGGUGUAGGAAUAAUGUAGCUUCAGUGAAGCGUUAAACAGAG